UCUCCAACCUUAUCUCUCCCCAAUUUUUCCACAUAUAAAUCGCUUCAACACUUUCACCAGUUUCUCUCUCCUCAACACUUCCAUGAUCAAAAGACUCCUAUUCUAUUCCUCUGUUCGCCGCUUUCUCUCUCCUCCUCCUCAUCCCACCUUUCCUACAAAAGACUCGCACAAUAUACUACGAGUUGCCUCACUUUCUUGGCCUUUAUCAGUCCCAUCCCGACGACCCAUUCACUCCCACCACAAGGUCCUUGCCAUGACUGAACAGUCCCAGAAGCCGCCUUCACAGACCACCCACCACAAGCACACCAAUCGUCUUGCUUCCGAACACAGUCCCUACCUUCUUCAACAUGCUCAUAACCCCGUCAAUUGGUAUCCAUGGGGUGAAGAAGCAUUCGAGGAAGCUCGCAAGAGAGACGUACCCAUCUUCUUAUCAAUUGGAUACAGCACCUGCCACUGGUGUCAUGUAAUGGAGGUGGAGUCCUUUGAGGAUGAAGGGAUUGCGAAAUUGCUUAACGAUUGGUUUGUUAGUAUCAAGGUAGAUCGAGAAGAACGGCCAGAUGUUGAUAAGGUAUACAUGACUUACGUGCAGGCCUUAUAUGGCGGUGGAGGUUGGCCACUGAGUGCCUUCCUUUCACCAGAUCUGAAGCCCUUGAUGGGUGGAACUUAUUUUCCCCCUGAUGAUAAGUAUGGAAGACCGGGGUUUAAAACUGUUCUUAGAAAGGUGAAGGAGGCUUGGGAUAGUAAGAGGGAUGUACUUAUUAAGAGUGGAUCUUUUGCUAUUGAACAACUAUCAGAAGCAUUGUCGGCUAGUGCAAAUUCUAAUAGACUGCCAGAUGGGCUUUCACAGAAAGCAUUGGAACUAUGCGCAGAGCAACUUUCUGGAACCUAUGAUUCCAAGUUUGGAGGGUUUGGUUCUGCCCCCAAGUUCCCUAGGCCAGUUGAGAUUCAAUUAAUGCUAUAUCAAUCAAAGAAGUUAGAGGAAACUGGAAACUUAAGUAAAGCAAAAGAAGGCUUACAGAUGGUGUUGUUUAGUUUGCAAUGCAUGGCAAAGGGAGGCGUCCAUGAUCACAUAGGAGGCGGUUUUCACAGAUACAGUGUGGAUGAGUGCUGGCACGUUCCGCAUUUUGAGAAAAUGUUGUAUGACCAGGGGCAGCUUGCUAAUGUUUAUUUAGAUGCCUUUUCCAUUACCAAAGAUGUCUACUAUUCAUGUGUGUCUCGGGAUAUCCUUGAUUAUUUGAGGAGAGGCAUGAUUGGGCCCAGUGGAGAGAUCUUUUCAGCAGAGGAUGCGGACAGUGCCGAGUCUGAAGGUACGACAAGAAAAAAGGAAGGUGCCUUCUACAUAUGGACCAGCCGUGAGGUCGAAGACACGCUUCAAGAGCAUGCAACCCUUUUUAAGGAGCAUUAUUACAUUAAACCAUCAGGGAAUUGUGACCUCUCUACAAUGAGUGAUCCUGAUAAUGAAUUCAAGGGGCAAAAUGUGCUUAUAGAGAGAAAUAAUACUGCUGCAAUGGCAUCGAAAUUUGGCAUGCCUGUUGAAAAGUAUGACGACAUUCUGGGUGCAUGUAGGCGGCAACUUUUUAAUGUGAGAUCAACACGACCACGACCACAUUUGGAUGAUAAGGUUAUUGUAUCAUGGAAUGGACUUGUAAUUUCAUCUUUUGCAAGAGCUUCUAAAAUUCUCGAAGAUGAACCUGAGGGGACUAAAUUCAACUUCCCUGUCACUGGCUCUGAUCCAAAGGAGUAUAUGGAAGUUGCAGAAAAGGCAGCAUCAUUUAUCAGGAAGCAGCUUUACAACCAGGAAACACGAAGGCUGCAACACAGCUUUAGAAAUGGCCCGUCUAAAGCACCUGGAUUUUUAGAUGAUUAUGCUUUUUUAAUAUCGGGGUUGCUGGAUAUUUAUGAAUUUGGCGGUGCAGUGUUUUGGCUGGUCUGGGCAAUUGAACUGCAAGAUAUCCAGGAUGAAUUGUUUCUUGAUGGAAAGGGAGGUGGGUAUUUCAAUACUCCAGGGGAAGAUCCUUCGGUUUUACUCCGAGUGAAAGAGGAUCAUGAUGGGGCAGAGCCCUCAGGAAACUCAGUCUCAGUGAUCAAUCUUGUUAGAUUGUCCUGUAUGGUUGCUGGCAAUAGGUCUGAUCAUUACAGGGAAAAUGCCGAGCAUCUGCUGGCUGUUUUUGAGACGAGAUUGAAAGAUAUGGCUAUGGCUGUGCCUUUAAUGUGCUGUGGUGCAGAUAUGCUUUCAGUUCCUUCACGAAAGCAAGUCGUCCUGGUUGGUCAGAAAUCUUCCGUAGAGUUUGAAAAGAUGCUUGCUGCUGCUCAUGCAUCAUAUGACCCUAACAGAACUGUAAUUCAUGUAGACCCCACCGAGGAAGAAGAGUUGGAAUUUUGGGAGGAAAAUAAUGGUAAAAUUGCCACCAUGGCAAAGAAUAAUUUUGUCAGUGACAAGGUGGUGGCUCUCGUCUGCCAGAACUUCACGUGCAGCCCUCCAGUUACCAAUCCCAAAUCUCUUGAAGCUCUGUUUUCUAAGAAAGAUUCAUUUUCCUCGUAAAAAGAUUCGCUCUUCUGAGGGAAUUUAGCUAUGAAAAUUCACUGAUUUUCACUGAUGUAUAUCCGAGUAUGCUCAGCUCCGGUAAGAAGUCUGAAGUUGUAUUUUAGGUGUAGUUAGAACUACAUGACGGUUUGGUAUUUAAUAGAGACUAGUUUGCUCCCCUGCAAGUCGGUUUGGAUCUAUAAUAAAGUUUUUAACUGAUAUUAUACCAAGUUCGAUUUCGAUGUGUAAUAAUAAGUUUUUACUGAUAUUACAGAGUUAUUUUUCCUCUGCACUAAAUCUUGAAAAUCAAUAAUAUAAAUUGAAUAUUCGUCCUUAAA